ACAUGACCGUUUGCCAAUAUGGCUGCCCUCUGCCAGUGUGAAGCUACCAGGAUCCAAAAUGGCUCUCACCACAACUUCAACGGGCCUGAUUUCAACAUGGCCGCCAUCUCCCACGGAGCAGCCUUUGCCCUUAACAAAAAUGGCGGUCGGAAGCAUCCCCGGUUACUAGGACCCCCCGCCCCUUCGCUCCCCCCGCUGGGGUCUCAGAUCCGAGAUGGCGGCGGCCGAGGCGGAGUACGAGUCCAUCCUGUGUGUGAAGCCCGAUGUCAGCGUCUACCGCAUCCCGCCGCGGGCCUCCAACCGGGGAUACAGAGCGUCUCAUUGUUUUCCUGGAACAGAAUGGGGGCAUCUGACUGGAAACUGGACCAGCCGGACUGGACAGGGCGUCUCCGUGUCACGUCUAAAGGCAAAAUUGCAUAUAUAAAGCUAGAGGAUAAAGUUUCAGGAGAGCUCUUUGCUCAGGCUCCCAUAGACCAGUUCCCUGGCCUUGCAGUGGAGACUGUGACAGAUUCCAGCCGGUACUUUGUCCUCCGAAUUCAGGAUGGGAAUGGGCGAAGCGCUUUCAUUGGCAUCGGCUUCUCAGAUCGGGGUGACGCCUUUGACUUCAAUGUCUCCCUGCAGGAUCACUUCAAGUGGGUGAAACAGGAGACCGAAAUCUCCAAGGAGUCACAGGAAACUGACACACGCCCCAAACUGGACCUAGGGUUCAAGGAAGGACAGACCAUCAAACUAAACAUUGGGAACAUGCCAACAAAGAAAGGAGGGGCACCCAAACCCCGUGCAGCUGGAUUGGGGGGGCUGAACCUGCUCCCACCCCCUCCAGGUGGCAAAAUCACAGCCCCUCCAAUCCCUCCCCCAUCUUCAACAGCCAUUUCCAACCAUGUGACGCCACCACCAGUGCUGAAAUCCAGCAACAUGGGCAAUGCUGAUAUCCUGUUAGAUUUGGACUCUCCUGCAUCCAUCUCUAAGGCACCAGCACUUGCUGCUGUUCCAGCCACCACAGACCUCUGGGGAGACUUCAGCACUGCAUCCAGCGCUGUUCCCAAUCAGGGUCCUCAGCAGUCUAACUGGGUCCAGUUCUGAAUGGCAAAGGCAGUGGAGUGGGAACAGACCGAUGACCAAGAGGCUCUAGGGGCAUCAAGUGGGAUGGGAGGGAUCCAAACCUCUCAAGACUUCAAUCAAAAAUCCUGGACAAUCUUUCCUUCUAAAGUUUCCACUUCAAUUGAGACUGAUUUUUGAUCUCACAGUAAAACUGCCAAAAACCCUGAGGGAACAUCUCAAAAUUCCGCCAUAUGAUAGCCAGGGAGAGGAAGGGAGUUGUAUCUCCUCUAUCCACCUGGCUAUUGAGAGAUGCAUCCUGUUUCUUGUUUCUGAGCUAUCCAUACAGGGAAAUCAAGAAUCCGUAAUGUGAGGCCCAUGAAGAGGGUUUGAAGUUGUCUGAGGCUUUUGUGUUUUUAAGCUCUCCGUCUGGCGAGGGCCAGCUCCCUCCCACUGUUAAAAAACCUUUCACAGGUAUUCUACAGUAAAGACCCAAAUCACUACAGCUUGGCUUGCAGGCUGUUA